AUGCAACCUUUGGAUUAUUCAGAGCAAGAAAUUGGCUACAAUGUACUCAGUGAUGUUCAAGAAAAUAUCCUUGCAAUCUUGCCAAUACCUUCUGCCUUGUUGAGCAUUUGUGGUGGUCUCUUAGUGGUUAUUACUGCGCUCCGAUCCCGUAAAGAUCGUCCUUGGACGCCCUAUCAAGGAUUGCAGACAUCUCUCAGUAUCUGUAACAUUAUUUCCUCGUUUACAGUGGCUUCUGGUGCUUUUAUGCGCCCGAGUGAAACUUCUAAUCAAGUAUGGGCGUUUGGCAACGAUACUAGCUGUACUGUCAACGGCUUCUUUGGGCAACUUGGCACAAGCGCCCUGGUUUACAAUGGCAUGCUUUCAUACUUCUUUCUCCUCCGGCUCCGGUUUGAUCAUAAUGUCACCGCAAUCACUUUGAAGUUUGAGCCUUUGAUGCACAUUGUUGCCGUCGGAUACCCUUUGGUUACAGCCUUCUUGGGCCUUUUCUUCGAUGCUUAUGGUGAACGAGUGGGAUCCCCCGGAUGCGCGAUUCAAACUUGUCACACUGAUUACACCGGCCAACGAGAAGAUUGUAUGCUUGAUACUGUGGACUUGGUGUUUCGCCGAUCCAUUGAUUUCUUUGUGAUUGGUUCCAUGGUUAUGAACACAAUCAUUAUAACCACACACCUCAGCACUGUGAUCGAAAAGCAUACUAGAUUGAGCAGUGUGAAUGCGGAAUUGACCAAAACAGCAAGAAUGGACGAAGAAAAUGUCUCGCAAGAAAUUAUUCUAGAACGCAAAGCCAAAGUCGAUAAGAACAUGAACCGGGCCAAAUUCAAGAAAGGGGAAUUGUUGCAAGUCAAGCUUCAGGGUGCCUUUUUCAUUGGAAGCUACGUUAUUUGUAAUUUUGCGACGAUUAUUCUGCAGAUGAUUGUCGCCCAGAAAAGCAAGUUGAGUUAUAAAGAAGAAAUGGAGGUUCCGUACCAUUAUUUUUCUCUGAUGGUUCUGCAGGCCGUCUUGUUUCCAUUGCUGGGUUUUCUCAACUGCGUCGCGUAUAUGAAGCCAGCCUUUGCCCGAACUCGAUCUCAGCAUAAACAAGAGUCCACACUUUGGGUCCUUCGCCGUACCGUCUGUGGCGAUUCCGUAACUCCCACGUGUACAGCCGAAGUGCUGAGGAGUAAUGCGCGUCGUUCCAAAUGCAACAAGAGAAAGAGCAAAGCAGAAGCAAAUAUUAAUGGCCAGCCAAUGAAGGUCACUUUUCAAAUGGAAGAUGUGCACGAAGAAGACGACGAAGUAGACAUUAUGGAUAGUGAUAGUGAGGCAACCGACAAGUCGGAAGGGGCUGGAACCGACCAGACCUCGGCUUCGGAUCAAGAUGCCGGAGAAGUCGAAGAGACUUCUAGAUGA